GAUGAAGCCGCUCAUAGCCGCAUCGGAGCUCACUCAGGAGAGCUCUCCCCGGCGCAAGGACAAGGCAGAGGAUUCCGAACGUCACCGGACCCGGGAGCGCCUGGAAGCCACCCUGGCCGGGCUGGGCGAGCUGGGAUACCUGCGGCACCGGCAGGAGAUCCUGGUGAAGGCAGCCCUGAGCCCCGGAGUGGCCCCUUGUACUGACCCUGCUGGCAAAGGUGACAACCCCCGGAGCCUGGAGGAGCGGUUCUUGGAGGAAAAUAUUCUGCUGCUCAAAAAACAAUUGAACUGUUUGCGAAAGCGUGAUGCUGGCCUGUUAAGUCAACUGCAUGAACUGGACAAGCAGAUUAAUGACCUGAAGCUGGAUGUUGAGAAGACGGCUGAGGAACAUCUUGAAACAGACAGCCGGCCCAGUUCAGGAUUUUACGAGCUGAGUGAUGGGACGUCAGGAUCUCUUUCCAAUUCCUCCAACUCUGUCUUCAGCGAGUGUUUAUCCAGCUGUCAGUCCAGCACCUGCUUUUGCAGCCCUCUGGAAGCAUCAUUAAAUCUUACAGAUGGUCAGCCAAGAUCAUCAGAUGACUUCUUUGAAUGGUUGGACUACAGAGAAGGCCAGUGUGAAAAUACGGGCACAGUUAGGCGCUCUUUCUCCGUACCCCAUUCUAACACCACUGAAGUUGUUGCUGAUGUUCAUCCCAAGUAUCAGUGUGAUCUGGUCUCCAAAAAUGGCAAUGAUGUCUACCGAUACCCAAGCCCUCUGCAUGCUGUGGCUGUGCAGAGCCCAAUAUUUUUGUUAUCAAUGAUGGGAAAUAUGAAGGUGGAGGAGGAGGGGGAGAUUGGAACCAGUAUGAAUGACUGCUCAGUGUCUGAACUCGACACACUAAAAUCUGAAGACUCUUUGUUGCCACACAGUAGUCCCUGCUCUGUUCCCUUUUCCUCCAGUAAAAAAUUGGAUGGGUACAUUUUGAGUGUCAUACAGAAAAAAUCACAUCCUGUAAGGACUAACAAACCUCGAACAAGUGCAAAUGUAGACCCAGCCAAAGGCAUUUUACGACAUGGGAGUAUAUGUGUGAAACAGACUGGUGGCAUCGCUCAUAACGGCAUUACUAACCUGAAGAAUUCUAAACAGCCAUGUUUACAUUCCUCUGGAAUACCCUCUAUGGAUAAUGGCACUUACCCUGCUUUAAAACAGUGUUUGAAAGAAACUCAAAAUGAACAGCUGGAGAGUAAAGUGCCACUGGCCUCCAGCUACCAGCCAAGUAACAUUAAUGAACUACAGAGCCAAAACAAUUCACGGAAUGUUAAGUCAGUCCCCCAAAAUCUUGGAAGGGGUUCUGGGGUUGGCACACCGAACAUUCAAAAGGAACUGCAUGUAAAUCCCAAUACAGUUGCCAGCCAUUUUUCCAAUGUUACCAGUCCUCUUUGUAAUGGAUCUCCCAAAGAAACUCAUAAGAUCACUACACUUCCUCAGGAAGUUAAAAUUGUACAACAACCAAAACGAAUUUCACCCAAAAACACAAUUGACUCUUAUCAUGCAUCAUCUCACGAUGAGAGGCCAUCUCUUGACUUCAAGAGUGAAGGGUCUUCUUCUCAGAGCCUGGAUGAAGGACUUUUGGUAAAUGCACAUUAUAUACCAGCCCAACAACAAGGUGUUAAACUCCAUAAGUCAAUCAAAAAUGUAAAGAUUGUCAAAAGCUCAACUUUAAAACACAGGUCCAAUGUUCAGCAUGUUGUGGAAAAUGGCUCUCAGACGCUGAAAGAGAAGAGCAAGGUGGUAACUAAAAAAUGCCGUUUCCCUGAUGACUUGGAUAUAAAUAAAAAAGUAAGAAAGAUCUCUCCAAGAAGUAAGAAGGUUGUAGAAAGUGGUAUUGUGGGUAAAAAUGCAGGGGCUAGCAAAUCUGCUAGCAAACCUCAUGGACAUGCAAAGGAUGUAGUGUUGGCCAAACCCAGACACAAGAGGGGUGAUUACCGUAGGUGGAAGUCGUCAGCUGAAAUUUCUUAUGAAGAGGCGUUACGGAGGGCAAGACGGCGGCACCAAAGAGAGAUGGUAGGACUCUAUGCACAGGUGCCUGUACCUUAUGCAAGCCCUUACGCUUACAUUGCAAGUGACUCUGAGUACUCUGCAGAAUGUGAGUCUCUGUUUCAUUCCACUGUUGUAGACACCAGUGAAGAUGAACAGAGCAACUAUACAACAAACUGUUUUGGGGAUAGCGAGUCCAGUUUAAGUGAGGUUGAAUUUGUUGGAGAAAGCACAACGUCAAGUGACACUGAUGAAAGUGGUGGACUUAUCUGGUCGCAGUUUGUACAUACCCUUCCGAUGCAAACACCUACAGCUUCUGCUCUUCAAACAACAGCCAAAGCCUUUGUCAAAAUUAAAGCCUCACACAACCUGAAGAAGAAAAUUCUUCGCUUUCGAUCUGGGUCACUAAAGUUAAUGACGACAGUUUGAAACAUCAAAUGUUUUCCUAUUGUCCCUGACCCCGUUCUCUCUGUAAAUAAAGCUGUACCAUUUGUGCAAAUAUUUAAAGUUUACAGUAACUUAUGUGGACUUCUGAAAACUCUUCUUGUACUGCCUAAAUUCUAAGAACUGGUGUAGACCCUGAAUCCAUUAGUCGGCUAUGAAGCAGACACUGGAGACUUUUCCAGAGUACCAUCUUACCGUGUCUCGACAAAAGGCCCCUAGACAUCCAUCAGAAUGAUUACCCUUUUAGAGAUUAAUCAUAAAUCUUAUUUUUGUCCUUCAGUUCUAGUACGCUAUCUUAACAUUCCAUCUGAAUUGGCACCUUUUCUGCUUGACAGAAGGAAUUACACAUUUGCUAUAUGUUUUGAGUUCUACUUUUACUCCUUUUCUAAAUGAAAGAUUUUUAUUUUUAAAAUCUAGUGAUGCGUUGCAAACUUGACAAACUUGCGAAGUGGUUGAGUAUUUCAUGGAUGCACUUGGAGCUUAAAGGCAGGGUCACUUUCAUCAAACGUUAUGCAUUAUGCAUGAAUAGUAUUGGUUUCCAUAUGCUUUGUACUAUGGCUUUCAUGUUACUAUAAUCACUUGUAUUUUAUAAAUUUUGUAAAUUAUAUAACACAUUUUACAUGGUUAUAAACUAUCUGCUUUAAUGCUGUUUAAAUUUAUUAAAC